AUCAUCCUGAAAUAUGAAUGUCCGUCAGUUGUUAUCUCCGAUAAUGGAGUACAGUAUGAUAGUAAGUUAUUUAAAAACAGCCUUCAGGAACUGAAUAUAGCUCACAGAUUUACCCCACCGUAAUCACCACAGUGUAAUCCGGUAGAGAGAGCGAAUCGAACACUAAAAACUAUGAUUGCACAAUUUUGCGAAACCGAUCAGAGAAACUGGGAUGAAAAGUUAGGGGAAUUAGUUUUUGCUAUUAACACCGCUGAACAAGAGUCUACUGGGUUUACUCCGGCUUUUCUGAAUUUUGGUAGGGAGCUAAGUGUCCCUAGGGCGAUUUAUUCGACAAACCCCCAAAAUGAGGAAAACAGUAACCCAACCGAAGUAAAUAGAGACAUGACUCACUCACUCACUCACAUGAACUCAAAUGUGCAAAAAUUGAAUUAGGCUACUCGAAAAGGCUACUGAGUGAGUUAGAAAGGUCGGUGGAAAACCAACAAUUACUUAUUUCCAAUUUAACAUCAAACCAAAACAAACCCAGGAAAAUGACCUUGCACCAGGGAAAUACCGACGUUGCCACUAUGACAAAUUUUUCUAGGGCUAACGGAAAAAGUCAAAAAUCUGAUGUUGCCACGUCGGUGAGUGUGUCAGACAAUGGCAGGAAAAAUGAAGGUGUCAAGUUCCCGCCUCCCUUGGUGAAGACUGACCCCAAACUACAACCUAACACAGAGGAGAAAAUAAUCAAGAGAUUAGAACGUCCGAUGAGCAUCACAGUUGGGCAAAAUCGAAAUUCAGAAGAUUUCACCGGAAUUCCAAAAUUAUGCUGGUUACAUCUGGGUAGAGUUAACAUGAAUACAAAUAGGGAACAAAUAUUGGAUCAUCUUAAGAAGACCUUUGGGAGAGAUGACUUCGUCGUGGAACAGCUGCCUAAAAGGGAUGAUGCGAAGAGUAUAUCAUUUAAGAUCGGAGCUGAUAUCAGUUUAUUAAGUGACGUUUAUGCCGGGGAUAAAUGGCCUGAGAAUGUGACGCUCCGGAGGUAUUUCUUUCGAGGCUCCAACAGAGCGCAAUGGUCGAACUAGUGACAAAGACGAGGCUCGUGGAAACAACUCAGAUACCACAGAACCAACGACAGUCAUAGAGUGCCACGGAAUAGGUCCAUAGCCAGGGACGACACCUAUCACGGAGCGUAACGCAGAGCGCAGAGUAUGGAUCAUGGAUCAUGGAUCGGAGAAAACCACUUCAUGGAAGGAGCGCACACCGGACGAUUACUGAACUACGCCUGUGAGCAGAUCCGGAUAUCACUUCUAUUGUACUGUUUAGAUUAGGAUGAGAACUCUGUAAGAGAUAACCGCCACCAAGAAUAUUUCUUCUGGGGAGAAUAUUCGAGAAUUCCGAAUUUUGAGUGCAAUUUUGAUCACGUGACCGUCCACAUGUUGUAGAGUUAAUAAAUAGGGCCGCACCACCAGACGAACGUCAUUCUGUAUUCUAGAUUCAUUCAUUUUUCAGUCUUGAUUUCGUUAUUGAUUCGUGAUUCUUUAGUCAGUCUGGAUUCAUUAUUCAUUCUUGAUUCCUUCGUGAUUCUUUAUUCUUGAUUCAGUAAUUAAUUCAUUGCUGCUUUAAUUAAGUCUUUCUUCCUAUUAGAGUUUUUUUUUUGCUAAGUGGUGGUGUUACCGUACCGGAACAAACUGUAAGUCUUUUCUUGAUACCGCAUACUUCGUGAUUCAA